CAGAGCUACAGAGGUGAUGUUGAUGCUUUCGACAGAGGGGUGUUCAUGGAGGAAGAAGAGCGAUAAAUCAGCGAGGGUGUAGGGGGGGGGGACUGUGACGAUGAUGAUGGUGAUGAUGAGGGUGAUGAUGAGGGUGAUGAUGAGGGUGAUGAUGAGGAGCUGUGAGGACGGGACCGCCCGGAGGAGGACGCCUCGGACUCCGUGUUGAACGUCGCGCUCGUAAAAUCUCACCAGCCGGGAGUUUAACGAAGUGCUAUUCUGAGGAGGUGGGCCAAGUCCCGAGAGAGGGAGGGAGGGAGGGAGGGUGAGAGAGAGAGAGAGAGAGAGAGAGAGAGGGAGAGAGGGGGAGGACCUCCGGACCGGUCCAUCGCACCGGGAUGUAGUCGCCGCCGUCGUCGGGAUGUGACACGGAGGUGCUGAUGAGAGGACUCGUGGAGGCGCGCGGACUCUUCGUGCAGCAGCAGACCGGUGGACGCUGGCUUCCUGCCUGCUGAGAUGUGCCAAUACGAGACCUUGUGAACAGGGGGGUUCAUGCUGAUGAAAUUGAUCUGCUCAGUGAGCUCCAACCAGAGCCAUGGGGAGUACCCGGACUGCCGCAGCGAGAGGGAGUCGGGGGGGGAGGCGUCUCUCCUGGUGUCCCCGCUGGUGGUGGCGGGGAUCGUUAUAGGCCUGGUCCUCUUCCUCUCCUGCGUCACCAUCAUCGUGGGCAGCCUGCGCAAAGACGGUCGACUCCGAAACCCGCACCUGCGAGCCAGCUACGGUCUGGAUGGAUUCUCCUACGGCGGUUGUGGAGAACUGAGGUCCACCUGCUUAGAAGACUUUCCUCCCGGUUUGGACUUCGAUUCCUACAGAGAGACUCUGUCACAGGUCAACGACCUGUACGCCGACUCGCCGCCACGUUACGAGGAGUGCGUGUGCCCGCCUCAGACCCACCUCCCCUCAGAUGACCCGCCUCCUUACUCCCUGCUGGACCCCCGUCGGAGAGGGGCGGAGCAGGAGGAGCCGCCGGGCCCCAUGGGUCCGGAUCCCUCUGCGGGGGGGGCCGCCUGGUUCUCCCCCUCCCACCGCGGUCACGUCGCCUCCAUCUCCUUCCCGCUGGAGCCGGCGCCGCCCUACGAGUCCGUGCUGGCCGAGCAGGGCGGGCCCCUCCCUCUGGUGCCGUGUGACCUUCACAAACACCAGUCGGGGCGGGGGGCCGAGGGCGACACCCGGCAGGCGGGGGCCAACCACAUCUUGUAGGACAAUCCAUUAAAGUUCCGUCCUCGCCUCCGGUGCUGCUGGAAAACGAAAACAACAACAAAAACACCUGAGAUGUGGGGAAGAAAAUGGCCGUCAGGAGCAGAUGUGACCCCCACUCCCUCACCCCACCCCCAC